AUGUUUCUUUUCAUGUAUGGAAUUUUCAUGAUUUCAUUGAAUGUAGUUAGGCGAGCGGUGGCUCAUCUGCUACGACCUGGAGAUGCCUCGGAGAAGGAGAAUCAAGGGAAUUUUCAAAAACAGGAGCAUCAUGGUGGCCUCUUCAGUGGGUUGAGUGGUGGGAGUGCGGCGGCGCUGCUUGCCCGCCUUGGCGGGGGCGGUGACGGUUCGUCGUCUCUUCUGGGCGAGGGCGGUAAGCCUGUUCGUCUUCCCGCCAACCUCAUGGCUGAUUCAAAAGCCAAAUUCGGCCUCAAUCAAUUCGAUGUUGUGGUCAGUAAUCUCAUUAGUGUCAAUCGAUCUCUCCCCGAUGUGCGACACCCGUCGUAA